UUCGAAAUGAAUUCAUGAAAAAUAUUUGUUUCAUAUUCUUAUUACUGAACCUAUUUCAAGGAAUUAUAUUUCGAAUUGAAAUUAUCAUUGGUCUCGAGAAAGAUUUAAUAAAUUCUAGUCUUGUUCACUUAAUCAAAUAAUACUUACAUAAGUAGAUUUUGUCUGAAGAUCGCUUGAAGUUAAUCAUUGUAAAUGAAGACAGCGAAUUUUACGUAAUACAUCAGAUUACCUAAGUGUUGUUUGAUGCUGUAAUCAUAAUUAUCUAACAUUAAAAUUAACAUUUUCAACUAAAGAAUUCAUUGAACAAAUUUACGACCGAAAUAAGGUACUUAGUUGAAAGGAGACAAAAUUAAAAAGUACAUAAUGUGUUAUAAAUUCGUUUCGAAAAAUCCAGUCUAAUGAUAAGUAAAAAGUAAAACAUUUUAAAGUCUAUAAAAGUCAUAACCGUACAAAUUUUGAAGAACAUAAAAAGGAAAAGUAAUCAAUUUCAUUUAUAGUAAAUGAACAGCGAAAAAUAGAGUGAAGAAUAGUAAUACGUGAAGGAAACAGCGGUCAAAGGCCAUCCAUCGUAAGUUCAACAUACCACGAGGAUGAAUGGAGUUCUUGUACAGUAAGAGACAAAAGUGAGUACACAUAACACUGUGUUGACAGCACGGAAUUUAUUCAACAAAUUUUUAUUAAAAUCAAUUAAAAAAUAUAAAGUGUACACAAACACAAAUUAAUGAUAGAAAAUAUUAACAUAUCUGACAUGUAUCGAAAGCUUAUUGCAUAAAUAUCGUAUGACCAUUUCUUGUGAAAUUUGAGUUUUUAUAUGCAACAAAUAGUUAUAUAUUUAUAUUUAUGGCUGUAGUUCCGAAUACGACCGGUCGCCGAUCGAGAUGAAAUUUGGAGGGUUGGUUGGGAAGCAGGUAGACGACCCCAAAUAUAAAGUGGUAUCUUCGGCUUCCUAUUAGUUUCCGAGAUAUUAAUUAAAAACUUUCGUACAAUAUAUAGAAUUUUUCCUAUACAAAUAGGAAAUGUGUAUGUUGGACCUUUUGGAGUUUCAUGGUGAUUGAUUCGGUACGUGACAAAAUACUACUCCGACCAGCUUAGAAAGGUUGCUAGCAAUUAGACAAUGUGCUAUUGAACAUGACUGACCGUGCUUCUAAAUUGAUGUAGUAAAUUCAUCGGUUCAUGAAUUUACCGUUGGUACCAUUUUUACCAGGUACAUAGAAGGCAAAACGGACGAUAUCUUACGGUGUGUUAAUUACUCUCGAUGGUUAAACCCGUAAGAUUGUUAAAGUGUAAGACUGCUCUUAUAGAUCCGCGAGCGGCAUCCCAUGCCGUGUAACACCUUAUAUGGAAUCGGAUGGGUGCACCCGACACCAACCGUCUUCUAGAAAAUUCGAGACCAACGCAAAGCAAGGGCGCGGUCCUACGGGUCACGUAGAGUCAGUCCCCACCACUUUUUUACUCUAGUUUUUGAGUAUAAAAAGGGUAGCGACAAGGGCACCUCGGGUCUAGUUGAAGUCUAGAAUCAGUUCGUUACACGUCAGUACGUUCUUUUACGGAUAAUCUCUGCAACGAGGAAACUCUGCGAGAUCGGGUAUUCAAGUCCCCUUCAAGCACUCACAGUAACUAUACAGUACGUUGUCUGCUGUUAAGCAUUAUUUUAAUCGUUGUAGUCCGCCCCCGUUUGCUCGCGUUCGUGAAAACCGAGAAGGAUUAGAUUCUUGCUUCGCGGAAUCGAAACUAAUUUCUAUUUAUUCAACUCAUUUAAACUUGCAACCUAGAGUUUAAUUCAUCGAACACCGCGACAAUUACACACAACAAUUGUAAAGCCCCGGAAUAGAGAAUAAACUCACAUUAUUUUUAACUUACAUUCUAUUAUUCAAUUAUAUUUACUAUCCAGAAACCCACUAUGGUGUACCUUUACCGCUCGAGGUACAUCAAUCAAGUUACGAGACCUAAUACUAACGCUUCCUGCGGCUCCCUACGUUAGCCAUACGUAGGUUCGUCCGCAUAUCACGCUCCUGAGGCUCCCUACGUUAGCCAUACGUAGGUUCGUCCUCCACUCUACACCUUUCCUGUGGCUCCCUACGUUAGCCAUACGUAGGUUCGUCUCCACGUCUACUUCCUUAGGCUCCCAGUGUUAAUAACAACACUGGUCAAGCCAUUAACAAAUACCAUAUACCUAAAUUAAGCCCCGGCUACGCAGCCGCCCCCUCCGGCUCGUAACAACCGCAACUCUGUAAAUCAAAGUGCAUGCUUUUAAACGCAUGCAAAUUCCUAACGUCUGAUUCCUAACUUUGCCAGAACUGCGAAAUCCGGCGAUCUGACGAAAUUUUGUCAUUAGAAAAAGUUGUUGUGCUAGUCUAGCACAAUCCGGCACAAUCAAAGAAAAUAUCAAAUUUUUUAAUCACCUCACUCUUUUUUGUUCAUUUUUAUUGACACCUAAGCUAAUAUCAACUUUUAGCGCAUGGAUCUCGCAGAUUGUAAGUAGCACAAUUCAGCACAACUUGCAGAAUUCGAUUAUCUGUCGCCGUUUGUAAGUUAUACGAAUAUUAAAUUUUGUAUUCCUAAAAAUUCAAUAUUUUUUAUCUUCAAAAUGAAUAGAGAUAUCGAGUUUCUAUUGACGGCACAACGUAGCACAAGUUAUCACUAAUUAUGUUUAAAAAAAGUUUGCUUCGGCAAAAGUGCGAGGCUAGUAUAAUUUUGUUUUUAUUUAUUUUCUUAAUUGUUAUUGAUGUUAUCGAUCUUCCGUUUGCGGCACAAUUCAGCACAAACAUAGCACAAUACGGCACAAAAAAAAAACUCAAAAUUCGAAAAGUGCGGGGCUAUCAAUAAUUCUUUUUAAAUUUUCUUGAGUACGCUUUGACUUACAGAGUUGCGGUUUACGGCACAAUACGGCACAAACGUAGCACAGUGCAGCAAAAUUUCAAAAUAUACAAAAUUCUUAAAUUCAUCUAAUCAUCAUCAAGAUUGUUGCGAUAAAAAAACGCGUUCAUACCUACUAAGACGUCGUUUUUUUCUUUGUGUAACGAAGAGAGAUUCUUAUCGAAGGUAAUUAUUUGGAAUUUAAAGUACGUUAAUUGUUGGUCACGUCUCGUAUGACGAGACGUUGGCGACAAUCUUUGGUCAGAAAAAUUAAAAAUUUUGAUUCCGCAGGUUCUUAAAAGAAGCCGAUUACCACAGGAAAAUUGAAGACAGUAGAAUACAAUUAAAAGCUUAAGCCCAAGUAUUUCUAUAAAAACUUAAGAACUCAAAGUUUCUAUAAAAAAAUGAAAAAGAAAUGAGAAGAAAGAGAGAAGUAAAUAAGAAAUUACAAGGAUAUAUGGAUAGAUGUUAAAUUUGUGUUAUUAAAAACGUUAAUGAAAGAUUUAUAGAUUAUUUAAUAUUGAAAAAUUAAUACAAUAUGGCAUCAACAGAAAGCGAAGAGAGCCGGAUGCUUGGAUGCGAUACGGUUGAUUAUGUACAAGUGACUAAAGUCGAUAAUAUUUGCGAGGAUAUUGAAAACAACAACACUGAUGAUAAAGGCAAUAUUUUUGAUGACAGAAACAUAGUAACACGAUUCUCAUCAAAUUCCAAAGGUGUAUUUGCACAGUGUUUAGUAUCUGGUGCAGUUUUGUUAUUAGCAGCUGGUGGUGGAAUGCCAAUUGGUUAUAGUGCCAUUCUUUUGCCGCAAUUGGCUCAAAACAAUGGUACAAUGCAUGCUGAUAGGGAGCUUGGAUCUUGGAUAGCUUCGGUUCAUAGUCUGGCAACUCCAGUGGGAUCUCUAAUGUCUGGUCCACUCUUGGAUGGAAUAGGCAGGCGUGGUUCCUUACGACUUACAGCCGUACCACUUUGUACUGGAUGGAUCAUUAUGGGUUUUGCCCAGAACAUUCCUACUCUUUUAAUAGGAAGAGUUGUCUCUGGUCUCGCAGUAGGUUUAAUGGCCGUACCAGCUCAGGUCUUGUUAGGCGAAAUGGCUGAUCCAGGACUACGCGGAUUUCUAACAGGAAGCACACUUGCUUUUUAUUGCCUCGGUAUCGUUAUAAUAUACGCCUUAGGGGCAACUUUAGCAUGGAAUAUGGUGGCUUUCUGCGGUACUAUACUUCCUGUUUUGGCAUUGAGUGCUCUACUCUUGAUACCGGAAAGUCCUACAUGGCUUGUAAGACAAAAAAAACCCGAAGAAGCAAGAAAAGCUUUAUUGUGGUUAAGAGGAGGAAACGCAAAACAGGUUAAUACUGAGAUAGCAAUUUUAGAAGCACGAGCAAAAACGGAUUUAGCACGAAUGGAUUUAAACAUGUCAUUGGCUGAACAAGCUUCGGCAGCAAUUUCUACCAUUCUUGAUCCAAGUGUUUUAAAACCUUUAACAAUCAUUAAUGUCUUUAAUUUACUGCAACUAAUCAGUGGAACAUAUGUUAUUGUUUUCUAUGCAGUAGAUCUCAUUGCAGAUAUUGGUGGCAAUAGAAUAAAUAACUAUUUGGCAGCCGUAAUUACAGGGAUUGUCAGACUUUUAUUCAGUUCAAUUUCGAGCGUCUUAUUACUGAAAGUAGGCAGAAGAAGUUUGGGAAUGUUUUCGGCUUUCGGCACUGCCUUCGCCUCGUUAAAUCUUGCGGGUUACAUGUUAUUCAAAAAAGAGUCAUCUUCUGCUGAUAUUUAUGUUAUCGGCAUUUGCUUACUGUUAUACGUGGGUGUAAAUACUUUGGGCCUGAUGACACUUCCGGCAUUAAUGGUUGCAGAACUACUUCCACAAAGAGCUCGAGGAAUCGGUGGUGGCUGUAACUUUUUCUUUUUCAAUUUGUUUAUUUUUAUAGUCACGAAAGUUUUCCCUAUGGUGUGCGAAACAGUGGGCAUUGCUGGCAUUUUUAUUAUCUUUGGAAUCUCCGCAAUUCUGGAAGGAGCAUUCAUCUACGUUGCACUUCCGGAAACAAACAAUCGUACACUUGAAGAAAUUGAAGAUUAUUUUCAGCAAAGCAAUUUACUUUGGGUAACUCGAUCAACGGAAAGGAGAAAGGAUGCUGCAUUUAUUAUGAAUAAUUUUUCGACGCAACGAAUGCAAAAUUGUACAUAAUUGUCAUAAAAUGUUACAUAAUUGUAUCAUGUUGUAUACUUUAAAUACAUGUAAUGGUAAAUUA